GAGAACCCGGGAAAGAUCUGUGGUAAUCCUCUUAAUAUCCAUGUCCAAACUAUAGCUGGUGACACUAUGGAUUCAACAGGGGAUAAGAUUCACAUAGCCGAUACAACCACUGGAUUCGUCUGUAGGAACGAAGACCAGACUGGGGGCGAUUGUAAAGAUUACCGUGUUCAGUUCCAAUGUCCUAAAGUGUUCUGUAAAGCAGCUCCAAAAUGCUGGACACCCUGGUUUGACAGAGAUAACCCAUCUGCAACUGGAGACUGGGAGACUCUCACAGAUCUACGCAAGGAGAACCCGGGAAAGAUCUGUGGUAAUCCUCUUAAUAUCCAUGUCCAAACUAUAGCUGGUGGCACUAUGGCUUCAACAGGGGAUAAGAUUCACAUAGCCGAUACAGCCACUGGAUUCGUCUGUAGGAACGAAGACCAGACUGAGGGCGAUUGUAAAGAUUACCGUGUUCAGUUCCAGUGUCCUGAAAGUUUCUGUAAACCAGCUCCAAAAUGCUGGACACCCUGGUUUGACAGAGAUAACCCAUCUGCAACUGGAGACUGGGAGACCCUCAAAGAUCUACGCAAGGAGAACCCGGGAAAGAUCUGUGGUAAUCCUCUUAAAAUCCAGGUCCGAACUACAGCUGGUGGCAUGAUGGCUUCAACAGGGGAUAAGAUUCACAUAGCCGAUACAACCACUGGAUUCGUCUGUAGGAACGAAGACCAGACUGGGGGCGAUUGUAAAGAUUACCGUGUUCGGUUCCAGUGUCCUGAAAGUUUCUGUAAUGCAGCUCCAAAAUGCUGGACACCAUGGUUUGACAGAGAUAACCCAUCUGCAACUGGAGACUGGGAGACCCUCAAAGAUCUACGCAAGGAGAACCCGGGAAAGAUCUGUGGUAAUCCUCUUAAAAUCCAGGUCCGAACUACAGCUGGUGGCAUGAUGGCUUCAACAGGGGAUAAGAUUCACAUAGCCGACACAACCACUGGAUUCGUCUGUAGGAACGAAGACCAGACUGGGGGCGAUUGUAAAGAUUACCGUGUUCGGUUCCAGUGUCCUGAAAGUUUCUGUAAACCAGCUCCAAAAUGCUGGACACCAUGGUUUGACAGAGAUAACCCAUCUGCAACUGGAGACUGGGAGACCCUCAAAGAUCUACGCAAGGAGAACCCGGGAAAGAUCUGUGGUAAUCCUCUUAAAAUCCAGGUCCGAACUACAGCUGGUGGCAUGAUGGCUUCAACAGGGGAUAAGAUUCACAUAGCCGAUACAACCACUGGAUUCGUCUGUAGGAACGAAGACCAGACUGGGGGCGAUUGUAAAGAUUACCGUGUUCGGUUCCAGUGUCCUGAAAGUUUCUGUAAUGCAGCUCCAAAAUGCUGGACACCAUGGUUUGACAGAGAUAACCCAUCUGCAACUGGAGACUGGGAGACCCUCAAAGAUCUACGCAAGGAGAACCCAGGAAAGAUCUGUGGUAAUCCUCUUAAAAUCCAGGUCCGAACUACAGCUGGUGGCAUGAUGGCUUCAACAGGGGAUAAGAUUCACAUAGCCGAUACAACCACUGGAUUCGUCUGUAGGAACGAAGACCAGACUGGGGGCGAUUGUAAAGAUUACCGUGUUCGGUUCCAGUGUCCUGAAAGUUUCUGUAAUGCAGCUCCAAAAUGCUGGACACCAUGGUUUGACAGAGAUAACCCAUCUGCAACUGGAGACUGGGAGACCCUCAAAGAUCUACGCAAGGAGAACCCAGGAAAGAUCUGUGGUAAUCCUCUUAAAAUCCAGGUCCGAACUACAGCUGGUGGCAUGAUGGCUUCAACAGGGGAUAAGAUUCACAUAGCCGAUACAACCACUGGAUUCGUCUGUAGGAACGAAGACCAGACUGGGGGCGAUUGUAAAGAUUACCGUGUUCGGUUCCAGUGUCCUGAAAGGUUCUGUGAACCAGGUCCAAAAUGCUGGACACCUUGGUUUGAUAGAGAUAACCCAUCAGGAAGUGGAGACUGGGAGACCCUUAAAGAUCUAUGGAAAGAAUACCCAGGAAAGAUCUGUAAUAGUCCAUUUGAUAUUGAGGUCCAAACUACAUCUGGAGAUAGUAUGGCUUCAACAGGGGAUACAAUUGCUCAAGUUGAUACAUCCACUGGAUUCGUCUGUAAGAACAAAGACCAGAAGGAUGGCAAAUGUAAAGAUUACCGUGUUCGUUUCCAAUGCCCCAAACGUUUCUGUGACAAAGCUCCAAAAUGCUGGACACCCUGGUUUGACAGAGAUAACCCAUCUGUAACUGGAGACUGGGAGACCCUCAAAGAUCUGCGCAAGGAGUACCCGGGAAAGAUCUGCGAUAAUCCCAUUCAUAUCCACGUCCAAACUGUAGAUGGUGGCCAUAUGGCAUCAACAGGGGAUAAGAUUUACAAAGCUGAUACAACCACUGGAUUCAUCUGUAAGAUCGAAGACCAGGCGGAUGGCAAGUGUGAAGACUAUCGUGUUCGUUUCCAGUGCCCCAGCAGUUUCUGCCCAAUGGGUCCAAGAUGCUGGACACCCUGGUUUGAUCGAGAUGACCCUUCUGGAACUGGAGACUGGGAGACACUCAAAUAUCUUCGUGGUGAAAAUCCAGGAAAAAUCUGUCAUAAUCCACUUCAAAUUGAUGUCCAAACUAAAUACGGUGGCAGCAUGGAUUCAACAGGGGACGUGAUUACUGUAGCCGACACAGAAUCUGGAUUCAUCUGUAAGAACUCAGACCAGAAGUGCGGCAAGUGUAAAGAUUAUCGUGUUCGUUUCCAGUGCUCUGGGAAGUUCUGCACCCAAAGAGUAUGCUGGACCAAGUGGUUCGAUCGUGACAAUCCUAGUGGAAAAGGGGACUUCGAGUAUUUGCCGUACCUGAGGAAAGCUUAUCCAAAAGAAAUCUGCAAAGUGCCUCUCUACAUAGAUGUUGUCACAACUGACACAAACAAGCCAUUUAUUGCUACAGGCCAGACAUCUUCUGUCUUCAGUCCAACUCAAGGAUUCGCUUGUCGCAAUACUGAGCAGAAAGAAGGCAUGUGCCUUGACUACAAAGUUCGCUUUGGAUGUGCAUGCACCUGUGAGGGUAUCAUCCAACAUAGAGAAUGACACCAAAAAGGAUAGCUCAUUAUCACUUCCCUCCCCUACUGAGUGACAUCUGAAUAUUUAUUAAGUUAUUUGUGGUUCACUUUUACAAAAUCUUCUUUCAUUAAAUUCAUAGCUCAUAUUCCCAAAACUGUUUUAUUUCUAAUGCCAAGUCAAUAGAGAUGGUUGUCAACUUUACAAAACAUUAAAUUAUAAACUUUCAUUUAGCUGUGGUGAGAUUAAAUGUAACCAAAUGUCCCAUAUAUUUAUUAAUUUCUUGGUGACAAUAAUGGUGAUAAUAAAAGUGGUGAAGCAUC